AUGGAGUCGUUUAAUGAUCUGCAGGAAGACAUAAGGACUAAAAUGCUAAAAGUUAAGACUAAUUUUAAAAAGUCUCCUAAGGAUCGUUUGACGGUUGCUUAUAUUGAAACAAGGCUAGAUAACUUAGAACAACAGUGGACUUUGUUUACAGACACUCAUGCUAAAAUUAUAAGCCAGGUUAAGCGAACUGAUUUGUAUAGUUCAGAUUAUCACAAAAAUAGUGUGUAUGAUGAUGUAGAAGAAUUAUAUGUUCAAUUCAAAACUGAGUUAAAAGAAAUGUUGUAUAAAUUAAAAGCGCCUGAGUUAGAAGUAAAGUUAAGUUCAAAUAGUCAAGGUGAGAGUUCAGCAAGACGUUUCAAGUUGCCGGAAAUUAAAAUACCUACCUUUUCCGGUAAAUACACAGAGUGGCAGACAUUCAGAGAUUUGUUUUUAGGGCUUGUGCAUGAAAACAAGUCACUGGAUGAUGCCCAAAGAUUUUAUUAUUUAAGGGGACAUUUAACCGGGGAAGCCGAACAACUGUUACGCAAUAUUAAGGUGACGUCGGAUAGUUAUCAAGUUGCCUGGGAGAAAUUAGAUAGCAUGUAUAAUAAUAAAAGGUUUUUGGCGAACGGCAUCUUGAAGCGUCUACUAAGUCAAAAAAGUUUGGUGUCUGAAUCAGCAUCGGAAAUUAAAAACUUAAUUUGUACAACUUCAGAUUGUUUAGACUCAAUAAAAAAUAUUGGUGUGGAUGUUUCAUCUUGGGAUAUCCUGAUUAUCCACAUUAUAAGCGCUAAAUUAGAUAAGGACACGCGAAAAGCAUGGGAGUUAAAGGUAUCUUCAGAUCCGAGUGACGAAUUACCCACGUUUCAAGAUUUUUCCAAUUUUUUAAUAGGGCGUUUUAGAGGUCUAGAAAAUAUCGAUUUUAAGGUACAUCACAGUGAGAAAAAAUUUACUAAAUCUUUUCACGUGGUUAAAAAUAAACCGAUUGUAUCGUGUGCGUAUUGCAAUGCGGAUCAUAAGAUAACUACGUGCAAAAGAUUUGGGAAAGAAAGUAAUGAGAAACGCCGUGAGUUCGUAUUAGAUAAAAACUUAUGUUUUAUUUGUUUAAAUAGCAACCAUUCCGCUAAACUAUGUAAAAAUAUUGUCCGAUGCCAGGUGUGUAAACGUCGACAUCAUUCUCUAUUACAUCCCAGUGGUGAUUCUGGUUCUGGUAGUGCUGAAGUUGGGGCGAUUCAUCAAUCAACCUCGUCGACCAGUCGAAGGUCAACGGAUGAGGAUACUGCCGCAAGCAGUGAUAAGUUAUCUGUUCCAGCAGAAUGUUUAGAUAAAACACUUGUGUCUUGUUUUUCGACAGGAAACUGUUCUAAAACGGUUUUAUUGACUACAGCUGUGGUGCAAGCUGAGUCGAAGGACGGGACUCAUUUCCCAGUUAGGGCUUUAUUGGAUCAGGGGUCGCAAGGUUCUUUUAUUACCGAGGCUAUGGUGCAGCGCUUAGGUUUAAAAAGGCUUGCGGUCAAAAACACCAUAGUCGGUGUAGGGGGAGACAAAAGUGUGACUUCCAAGUCCACAGUCAAAAUCAAUUUAAGGUCGAGAGUUGAUCCUAGGUUUCAAGUGAAGGUUAAUGCGUAUGUCUUGAAGUCGGUUACGUCUCUUCUCCCAGUUGCGAAGGCAACUAGGGUAGAAUGGGAAAACCUGACUCUGGAUGAUCUGGCUGAUCCCGAGUAUCACACGCCUAAUAAGAUUGAUAUCUUAUUAGGUGCGGAGAUAUUCAGUCAGAUUAUUCAAGAAGGCAUUAAAAGAAACUUCAACGGAUCUCUCUUGGCGCAGGAUACUGCUUUUGGUUGGAUAAUAUCUGGCGUCUGUGAGGUAGACAGCACGUCAAAUAUCCAUUCUCACAUAACUGUGAUGCAUUCGUAUCUGGAACUGGACAAUAUGCUGAAAAGGUUUUGGGAACUUGAAGCCGAACCACCUGUAACAAAAAGAAUGCUCACAGAUGAGGAAAUUAAAUGUGAGAAAUUAUUUAAGGAUACUACGAAACGGGAUGGAGAUGGUCGGUUCAUCGUAAAACUGCCGUUUCGUACGGCUAACCCGGACUGCAUGCGUGGUGAGUUCAGGAAAAUAGCUGAAAAAAGAUUGAGAAAUUUAGAAUUUAAAUUGCAAAAGAACAUUAGGUUAAAAGAGGAUUAUAUACAAGUUAUAAGGGAGUAUUUAAACUUAAAUCAUAUGGUAAAAGUUACAGAUAAAGAUAAAUUUAAGGAAACAGCUAUUUACUUACCACACCACGCAGUAGUCCGAGAAGAUAAGGAUACUACUAAAGUCCGAGUAGUGUUUGAUGCCUCCUGUAAGGGAAGCAAUGGGAAGUCAUUAAAUGAUGAUUUAUUGAUCGGACCGCCACUGCAAGCCGAACUACGUCAUAUAAUUAUGCGCUGGAGACAAUAUAAGAUAUGUUUGGUGGCGGAUGUGGUGAAAAUGUACCGACAAGUGCUGGUAAAUCGGGAAGAUACUCCAUUUCAGAGGAUUCUUUGGAGAGAUAGUCCUGAAAAGGAGCUUCAAGAGUUUGAAUUACUUACCGUAACCUUUGGCACCGCAUGUGCUCCAUAUUUAGCUGUGCGGUCACUGCAAGAGUUAGCCUAUAAGGAGUGUCAGAAUAAGCCAAAAAUCGCUAAAAUUAUUUUGAAUGAUUUUUACAUGGAUGAUGUGAUGACCGGAAGUGAAACUCUAGAAGAUGCUUAUAAAAUAUAUAAAGAAUUAACCGAAGUGUUAGCGAAAGGAGGGUUUCCGUUGCAGAAAUGGAAAAGCAAUUCUAAGGAAAUAUUAGCUAAAAUAUGGAAAGCAAAGGGUAAUAAGGAUGAGGAAUUAAGGAUUAAGGUAGAUGAUACAACUAAAAUAUUAGGACUUACCUGGGAUCAGCGUGGUGACUUCUUCCGGUACUCUGUAGAUCUUGCACCACAAGAGGAACCUGUAACAAAAAGGAAAAUUAUAUCUGAUAUAUCCCGAUUAUUUGAUCCACUCGGAUGGUUAGCUCCUUGUAUUAUAGCAGCAAAAAUACUCAUACAAAAGCUUUGGUUAGCUGGUAUUGGGUGGGAUGAGCAAGUUCCUAGUAAUUUAAUAAUUGAAUGGAAUACUUACCGUAAAAAUUUAACUGCCUUACAGAAUAUUAAAAUUCCACGAUGGAUACACACGUGUAAUAAAUAUAAGCGCGAGUUGUACGGGUUUGCUGACGCUUCGAAGGUGGCUUAUGCGGCUGUUGUGUAUCUGCGAGUUGUAGAUGAAGUGGGAAAUGUGUAUGUCUCGUUGGUUACAUCGAAAACAAAAGUAGCUCCCAUAAAGCAGGUGUCUAUCCCUAGACUUGAGCUUUGUGGGGCCGUUCUCUUGGCUAAAUUGAUGAUUGAGGUAGCUGAAGUCAUGAAUGUUGAAAGGAAUCAGUUACAUGCAUUCACUGACAGUGAAGUGGUUUUAGCCUGGCUUAACAAUCACCCAAGUCGAUGGAAGUCCUUCGUGGCUAACCGAGUUUCUGAAAUCCUACAGAUUUUGGAUACACAUCAUUGGUCCCAUGUGACCACUAAGAAGAAUCCUGCUGAUUGUGCAUCACGGGGUAUUUCUCCGGCGGAACUAUCAGAAAUGGCUAUAUGGUUUGAAGGGCCAGAGUUUCUAAAAAAUAAGGUAAUUAGGUGUACAAAACCAAAACACCUGGUUACAAAUCUUGAGCAAGUUAAAGUUCACACAGCGGUCGUUGACACAACUUUGUGGCAAAGGUUUUCUUCAUUCUCGAAGCUUGUUCGUGUAGUCGCCUAUUGUCGUCGAUGGUUAAGGUUAAGAAAAGGUUCAAGUAGCAUGCCAAGUUUAGGAGCAUUGGAGCGACAGGAAAUUGAGGAUGCGAUAAAGCUCAUGGGGCAGUUACCUUCCGCGCGUGUUAAUCCGAAUAAGCCCUUUCUUAUAAGCGGAGUCGAUUACGCAGGGCCUAUUAAUAUAAGAAUUUCAAAAGGUAGGGGUAACAAGUCGUACAAAGGAUAUAUUGCUCUGUUUAUUUGCAUGUCGACCAGAGCCGUCCAUCUUGAAGCUGUUAGCGAGCUGUCCACUCAAGGGUUUAUAGCCGCUUUUAAAAGGUUUGUUGCAAGACGAGGUAGGUGUGCAGAGCUAUACAGCGAUAACGGCACAAAUUUUGUAGGCGCUGCUCGACAGUUACUGUGUCUGUUCAACGAAGAGAAAACUAAUUUUAAACCUGAACUGGCAGAGUAUCUCGUGACCAAUGGAACCAAGUGGAAUUUUAUUCCUCCUCGCGCUCCAAAUUUCGGUGGACUAUGGGAGGCAGGAAUAAAGUCCACAAAGUUCCACCUCAAACGAGUAGUUGGAAACUCUACGUUGACGUAUGAGGAGAUGGCCACAGUGUUAUCUCAAAUAGAGGCAUGUCUGAAUUCGAGGCCAUUGUCUCGUGUAGAGGAUCAAACCGAGGUCGUAGUAUUGACCCCUGGUCAUUUCCUGGUGGGGGAACCACUCAUAGUUGUUCCUGAUGCAAAUUAUGAGUCGUCGAAUAUGUAUACUUUGCGAAGAUGGCAAUUCCACCAGCGAAUGAUGCAGGACUUUUGGCGUCGAUGGUCCCAGGAUUACCUUCAUCAGUUCCUUCAAAGGCAUAAAUGGGAAUAUCAGAACCCGGAACCAUCACUGGGUGAUGUAGUUUUAGUUAAGGAGGAAGAUCUACCCCCGGCGCGAUGGUUGCUAGGUAAAAUCGAGCAAAAACAUCCGGGACCCGAUAAUAUCACGCGGGUAGUCACAAUACGUACCAAAAAUUCUUUAAUUAAAAGACCUACUUCUAAGGUAGCAAUUUUACCUGUAACUAAAUAA